UUGAAUCAUCCACCCCGAAAAAGAAACUUACCAGCCUCAAAAUGCCCCCAUUUUGUUGCUCAUCUCCCGCCAUCGCGAUCUGUUUUCCACCCGGGACCCUCGUGACUAGCAGGACCCGGGGGGAAAUUGAGAUUCAAGAGUUGACCCGGGGGGAAGAAAUUUUGACCCUGGACGCCAAAAAUGGGGCCCCUAAAUGGACCGAAUUCUACACCUGGACCCACAAAGAUGCCAACAUCAUGGCGGACUUUGUCGUCUUGAUUGUCUCGGAUGGAAAGGAGCUCCUUAUUUCCAACGACCAUCAGCUGUUCGUUGCUGGUGAGCAGGGAAAAUUGCCAAUCGCGAAAAAAGCUGGGGAUGUGAAGAUUGGCGAGGAGUUGCUCCUGGCCGACCCCGACUCCGGCCAUGUGAAGAGGAUGGAAGUGGUGGAAAUCUCUGUGACCGAGUUGCGCGGGGUGUACGCCCCCCUCACGAUGAGUGGCACGUUUCUAGCGAACGGAAUCUUGGUGGGGUGCUAUUUAGGAGGCGCCCAUAAGGAAGCACAUCUCUCCGCCGCCCCACUCCGGGCCUGGUAUCGACUCAAGCGCCGUGGGGGAGGAGGAAUUAAACAGGACAAGAAGGACCCCUCGGAGGGAAGGUGGAGCUUUCUUCACAGGCCCGUCAUGGCUAAUUAAAUAAACUUUCCUUUUCAUGAAUUGAUUGCGAGUAAAUCGUUCAGGUAGACUCUUUUCACUACUAUUGCGAAAUUACUUUGUUAACUUUUAACUUGUUUACUUUGAAGUUUGAAUUUGCUUUAGUAGAUAAAAUUCUCACACCAGAAAAUUAAUUAGUCAUUAAUCCAUUAAUUGAACUGUAAAUGUUGGUUUUGGUCCUGUACUCAAUUUUAAAUACUCCUUAAAUGAAUCUUUCUGAUUUAAAUAAAUACAUACAAAAAAUAA